GUAGUAAAUACAUAUAAAACGGUUGUGGUCUAAGAGACGAGCCAGUUUCAAACCGCUGUCGGUGAAGGUACGACGUUAGCCUGAAUAAUGCAAACCGUCACAUUACUUUUGUUCGCGGUCGUCUUGACCGUGGCUCUUGCAGAGGGUCAGUACUACGUCCCGCGCGCCUACUACACAAUAGAUGCAGAGGGUCAUCAGUCAGCGCCAGUGCCUAUGCGCAGGCUUCGACGCUCCCUGAAUCCUUAUCCGACCCCAUAUGGAGGAGCGAAUGCCGAAGCAAACGCGAACGCUGAAGCAAAUGCCUGGGGUGGUGGCAGUGCUAAUGCAAAUGCUCGCGCCAACGCACACGCAGGCGCAGGUUCUGGGGGCUGGGGCCUUCCUAUUGGAGCUGGCUACGGCGCUGGAAAUCCUAACGCAUUAAGCUAUGGUGAGACCCGACGCCAGUCAGGUCCAGUUUUCGGAAGUCGAUCAGUCAGCGCGGGUUCGUCUGUAGGAAUUGACUCUUCCGGCAGAGGAUAUUACGACCAAUAUACUUCUGUUGGUAAUUAAACCCUUAUAUCUUAUCACUGACAGUUCCUCUUUAUCCUAAUUUAAUUUAAAUUUGAAGAUUAAUACUUCGUCAGUUUGGGUGAAUGAGACCUAAUGGGUAAGGUAUACAAAUAAAAUAUUAAUAUAUAUAUA